CAACAAUAGGCCAUAUAACAGAAUACAGACAGGUGAAGGUCCCAAACGAAAGACAAGGCAAAUUCAACAUUACCCAAAAAUAUUCCCAUACUGGACCAACGAUCUCUUUGGUGGAUGAGAUGCUCAUUCACGUACAGGUACAACUGCCCUGCCCUGCACAGCUGUGAGAUCGAAGAAAUGAGACAGAAAACAAACACCUCGAUCCCAAUCAUUGUACUUAGCUUUUAACCCAUAAAUGAAUUCCAAUUUUUGGCUUCCCCAUUAAUGCUCCUUUAUUUAUAACCAGCCCGACACUUGUCCACCACACUUACUCGUGACGCAAGCAAAAACAAAACAGAAAGAAAAUGCCCAACCCCCGCCCUUGUCUCCUCCUUCUAAUGCUCUCCGCCGCAGCAUCGGCCAUCUCGGCGGAGGUGAACUUCACGGUCGUCAACAACGCCGCCGAUACUAUAGGAGGCAAGAGGUUUGAGCGGCGGAUAGGGGCAGACUACAGUUGCCAAGCCAUGUCCACAGCCACCAACUUCAUAUGGGACCUCCUCGAGCAAACCACGUCCUUCGGUUUCGGUACCAACACCACCACCAGCGAGCGGCGGGACUACAGCAACGUGACCCUCUACAUCGAGCCGAUGGACGGGGCGGACGGCGUGUCGGCCUACGCGCUGGGGAACAGCCUCCACAUCAGCGCCAACUACAUCGGCAACUACACGGGGAACGUGAAGAAGGAGUUCACGGGCGUGCUAUACCAUGUGCUGGCGUACACGUGGAUGUGGGACGGGGAAGGCGAAGCGCCACGUGGGCUGAGUUCCGGGAUGGCCGAGUUCGUGCGACUCAAGGCCCACUAUGCCCCGCGGAUGGUCGGGGGAUCCCCCGGGAGGACGGAUUAUUGGGACGAAGGGUACGGCGUCACGGCCAUGUUCCUCGAUUACUGCAACAACAUUAAAGACGGCUUCGUGGCGCAGCUGAAUGCAAAGUUGAAGGAAGGCUACAGUCGAGGGUAUUUUAGGGAGUUGCUUGGCAAGUCUGUGGAUGUGUUGUGGCAGGAUUACAAGUCCAAGUAUCAGAUGGAUCGCCCAUGACUACAAUAGGCUCUUAAAUUACAAAGAGCAAAUGGGUGAUUUUGUGGUUUCUCAUGUGCGUGCGUGCUGCUUAAAGGUCUUACAAAGGGACAAGAAAAUUCUAAGGCCCGGGCCUUCCUUGUUGCUUUAUUGAUGUUCUACUUUCUUUCUCACUCCGUAAGGCAAUAUUAUUAUUCAUUCGUUUUUUGAUGGGGUUGUAAUAUGAUACAAAAUGGAUUCCUUGUUUCUUUUUGUGUUUUUUGUUUCAAUGUGAAAUCGAUGAAGCGGAAGAUUAAAACAUACACAUGUCGCGAUAAUCUUACGUUGUUUUUCGUGUAGAACGUAUGAGACUACUCCACGAAGCAUCAUAUAUGGAUUAUCGGUUAAUUCAGUAUGUUUUGUAUCUCGAAUCUGUACGGUUGCGGUAGCAACAAAUUCGCUAGCUAAUGUAUGUACACAAACUCGUAUUAAUUAGGGUGUGCGUGUUUAUCUCUGGAAAAUACCAAAAUACCUUCAUGUAAUUCAAUACUCCCCCUCAAACUGCUGCAUGAAAAUGAUGAAAACCUAGCUUGAAAAUCAAUGUCUGAAAUUGUUUGGUGCCUAAUGCUUUAGUGAAAUCAUUGGCUACUUGUUGUGUAGCGUGAUUCUUGCAAGGAGAAAUGUCGCCAGACUGCACUCAUUCAUUAACAAAAUAAGAAUUCAUCAUGCAAAGGUUUGGAGCAUUCAUGGAACACCGAGUUAGCUGCAAUUUGGAGAGCAUCUUAAUUAACUCGUGCAAUAAAGUGGAGUAGGACAAGCUUGUGAUUCAGGCUCAACCCGAAGAAGAGAAGUAAGAAGAACACGAGGAGGAGGAGGAGUUUGUAGUUGAUAACUUGUCUUAUCAAGUUGAGCAUUCGACAUCCAUCUAUGGUGGCAAACCACUUUGACAUCAAGACUGGUCUUAUCUCAAUGAUUCAAAAUCACAAUCCAAUUCCAUGACCUCGACAACGAUGAAGGUGAGGGUCGAGCUCGAGAAAAGAAUGCAAUUUGCUCUUUUCUUCUGAUCAAUUUAAGAUGGAUGGAAAACCCUAAUUCACCACGUGAAGAACAAGUGAAGAUAUCGAAUAGAAAUAGAAUUGUGUAACGGGUAGAGAACGACAUUCUUGAUUAUUAGAUUUGGAUUGGUAUCUGAAUUGUGGGUUAAGCAAUUUAUGAAAUAAUAGACAUGACUCGGCCCAUUAGCCUGCAAAAUUCUUUUCUUCUUUACCGGUGCUUCUUUCCUUCAUCCCUUACGUCCCAGUUUCAAUAUAAAAAAAGAGCAAAAGAUGAGCCUCAGACGUCUCUUCUUAUAGCCUCUAGAUGAGUCAUUGCUUUGAUUCUUGCUUCUUCCACCUGUGCCCAUUAUUAGAUAUAUUAAUUCGCCAGUUUUGCUUAAGGGGUCUGGACAAAUACUGGCGGGUCUACCGCAAGUUUGGUGCACCCCCACUAAUUACUUUUAUCUUUCCCUUUCGUCUUCUGCGUGGCGAUUGGGCAAGCUCCAUCCCUUCCUUCCAAUUGCGGUUCCAUAUGCCCCUCCGUCGAAUCCUGGAGGUUGGCCAAGAUGGAGCUAGCCGGAGUUUAAGAUUCUUCCCCAUCCCUUUGUACAUCAGUUUUCCCCAUCCGUCGUUUAAAGAUUCUUCCCCCUUCUAUUUCCCCUGCGACGAUUAGCAUGGCGGCAAGCCAAGUUCCGGCCGCCUCCCAGUAGUGCACCCUUUUCCCUGUUGCCAUUCCCUCCGAUAAUUAGUUACAACCUCUUUUUCCUCCAACGUCUGUCUGGCAGCUGAGCAAGUUUUAUGCUCCGUUUCGCCACUAUAGACUUUGUGUCUUCUCCACCCGCCCGAUUAGCUUCAGGGGAUUGGUUCCUGUUGGCAGGUCCAAUGUACAUUCUUCUCCUUUCUCUGGCACUUCUUUUUGCUCUGUCGAAAUUAGGAGAGAUGUUGUUAGGGGCUUUUUUUAAUGAAUGUUAAGAGAAGAG